CUGCCAGCAUGGCACCAAGAACAGCUUCCACGCAUGCGGAAGCACGACGCAUCAGGGUGUCAUACGUGGUGGUGCUCACCAUCGUGUUGCUCUCGCCGUGCUGCGUGGCAUCGUCGAGAUCGUUGCUGGUCACCUCCUCCUUCGCCCACGCACCGGAAGGCAGCCAAGCCGCCGCCCCGGCGGCGGCGGUGCUACAGCCGCCGGCUGUGGAUGCAAUCCCGCCGGUGCCGACGCCGGAGUCGUCGGCCCCUGCCGCCGUCUCUCCGUCGCUGGCGGUGCUAGAGCCGCCGGCUGCAGAUACAGCCCCGGUGCUGCAACCGCCGGAGCCAGCCCACGUCGCCGCCGCGCCGCCGCCGUUGACGGCCCACCACAGCCAGCACGGGCGGAAGAGCAAGCACGGCGACCACGACAAGGCGCCGUCACCCAAGUCGAAGAAGCACAGUCCGAAGGCGCCGCCCAAGCACCACGGCCACCACGCCCCUCCCCCGGAGCCGGACGUCCCGCCGCCCGCGCCACCCGCGGAGCCGCCGUACGGCGGGGAGCCACCGGCCGCGCCGGCGCCCGACGGCCCGCACGGCCAGAGUCCGCCGUGGCCGUUCCCGUGGCCGCGCCCGCCGGGCACGGGGCAGUGGCCGCCGCUGCCGCCGUUCCCGUCCCACCCGCCCCCGCUCCCCGCGUGGCCGUGGCCGCACAACCCGGGGAGCAACCCGUGGCCGCCGCUGCCUCCGUUCCCGUUCCACCCGCCGCCGUUCCCGGAGUGGCCGCACCCCGGCCCGGGCGGCAAGUGGCCGCCGCUGCCCCCGUUCCCGUUCCACCCGCCGCCGGUCCCGGCGUGGCCGCACCCCGGCCCGGGCGGCCAGUGGCCGCCGCUCCCGGCGUGGCCGUGGCCGCACCCGGGCAACCCGUGGACGCCCGCCCCGCCGUCCUUGCACGGCACCGGCGGCGUCGUCCCAGCGACGGCGGUGCAGCAGGACCCCAAGAACUGAUGCGCGUGCGCGCGCUUUUGGCCUCCAAGCUUCGAUGAUCGCUAGCUGCAACAACUCCAGAUAACACAAGAGGAGUUGGUUGAUACAGUAAUGAAUUUGUUUUUCAGUAGGAGGAGAGAUCGAUCGAUCGAUCGAUCGAUCGGUGGGGUAAUUUGUGAGAGACGAUCGGUGUUGAUUUGGUCAGGCGGCUCCAAGACUCAGGAGUCAUUCAUGAUUGUACGAAUAAAAUCACGCGACAGAUUCGACGUU